UUUCGUUCGAAAACCCACGAUGGUUUUCUUAGCUGCUGAUCGCUGCGACUGGCUAGUAUACAAUUUCUCGGCGUUUUCGUGGUUUAAGUGAUAUAUACACAGUACAAAACGCUAGGCCUCUCAUACACUUUCUACUUAGUAUCCCUUGCAUGCCGGACACUAUGUUGGAUGCUUAUAACCCUAAGUACCUCGUAGAGACUCGCAGUCAUCGUUAUCACCCUCGCAGACUACUCAACCCAACCCCCAUCAACCCUACUUACACAUAUACCAGUCUCCCAAAGACAAGAAACAUAUCGAUGAGGAUGUCUCAAGUUCAACAAUACUGGCUACCAGGAUACGGUCUAUCACGACACAUUGUCCUCGGACAUAUACAAUACUUCCUAGGGCCAUCAGCAUCAGUCAGACCAUACACAUACCAGUCUGCCACCAAAAGGGACGCGAAGGCUAUCUGAUAGUCGGUGUACCUCUAACGAGGGAACAAAUCGACGAUCUUGCGGCCAUGUCACGAGAGUAUGAGCGGCAAGAGACCCUUCGGAUGGCGGGCGACGAAGCAUCCACCAGCCAUGCUGAGCCCUAUAU